CACUUUUCGUCGAAGGUAGUCGAGCCAAAGCGAACGGCUGCUGCAGUGUAGCGUGUAUUUACAUACAAAUUUGCUUGGGAGGAAGCAAACAGACGAUUUCAUAAAAACUAAAAUUUGUGUGACCUUUUUGUGCGUUCAGCAUAAUUUUUAUUGUUGUUGACUUUGUUGGUUGUCUAUUUCCAAUUUGACGGGUGUUUUGUGUUCAGCGACAUGAAGCGAUUGUUAUUGUUGGCCCUGUGCGCGGCCGUGUUGAACUUGAGCGCGUUGGUGCAAGGCGAGGGGCAGGGUCACUACUCCGUAAUUGGACCGGGUACCUUGCAUUCGAACAACAAAUAUACCGUUGGCGUAGCGGUCUAUCAAAAUACCGAACCAGUCACAUUGAAGGUUGGCUUAGUUGGUCCAGAUUUCGAAAAGUCUGAGACGAUCGAACUGCAACCCGAUGAAACUAAAGAAGUAGAAUUCGAUGUGCCCGCUUUGCCGAAGGGAAAAUACAAUCUUACGGCGGAGGGCAUAUCGGGUUUGAUUUUCAAGAAUACAACCGAGCUAAAUUACGACAAUUUCGCGGCAAUCACUAAAAUACAAACCGAUAAGGGCAAGUAUAAGCCUGGCGAUAAGGUCAACUUCCGUGUGCUGUUUUUGGAUGAGAACUUGAAACCUGGCGCAGCGGAUAAGGAUGCUGCCAUUUGGUUUGAGGAUGGCAAACGCAACAUCGUAAAAGAAUUUAAAAAUUUCGAACUCAAAAAUGGCGUAUUUACGGGCGAAUUUCAAAUAUCCGAGUUUGCGGUGCUUGGUGGUUGGCGUUUGAUUGUUAAGAAUGGCGGCUCCUACAAUCAAGAGGUUUACUUUGAUGUAGAGAAAUAUGUGCUACCCAAAUACGAAGUGAAAAUCGAGGCUACCGAAGCCGUAUCCGUACGCGAUGGUGAUGUCAAUAUAGUGGCGAAGGCCAACUACACAUAUGGCAAACCUGUAGAGGGAAAAGUGACCGCUGUCGUAGGUUAUGGCGAUCUCUACUCCUAUUCCGACGAUGCGAAGAUCAAGAGCGCGCCCACACUCAUUAAGAGCGCCGAUAUGGUGAACGGUAAAGCCAAGUUGCUUGUCAAUGUUAAGGAUUUCAAAGAUCAUUUGAUGAGCGAUAUGUACGCCACAUCCAUGCAAAUCACCACAACUGUGGAGGAGGCAUACACAGGCGUUAAACUCAACGAGACUAAGUACAUAAGUGUUUACCCUUAUCGUUAUGACAUGAGCUGUGUUUCCUACGACACAUGUUACACAUACCACGCGGACAAAGAGUCGGAAGUUUUGGUACAUGUUAAGUUUGUCGAUGGCACAGUGUUAACAGACACCAAGAAUCCAAUUAAGUUGGUCUACAAAGAAUCAUUGUCCCAACGACACUUCUGGCAUGGCGCACGUCAUCCGGAAGAUACCACAACAACGGUGCGACCCACGAUCGAAGGCAAAACGCAUACCUUCGAAAGUAACCUCAACGGCACUGGCUUUGCGAAAUUCACUGUGAAACUGCCCAACUUGGACGAGAUUGAGGACUACCAGCAUUAUUAUGAAAUAACUGCUGAGUAUAUUGAUGAGACGCGCAAGAUAUCGAACUCCUAUCAAUUUCGCGAACCCAAGAAUGUGGUGCCGCAACCAGAAGAGAAAGAACCAACCGAAUGGUUUAAGCUGCGCACCUAUUAUCCAUCGAACAAAUACUCCUUCAACUCAUCUGAUAUUGUGACAAUAACUGUCAAUUCAAGCGAGCCCUUGCCAUACUUCGUUUAUAAUGUCAUUGGACGUGGUAAUGUUGUGGAACAUGAACGAGUGGUUCUACCAGAGGGUACCAAAGUCUAUAAUAUCACGUUACCGUACAAGCAUAUAUAUGCGCCCUACGCGAGAGUUUUCGUUUACUAUGUUGGCGCAAAUGGUGAGUUCCAAUAUGCGGAGACCUCCUUCCAAGCUGAAAUGGAGCUCCAAAACACGCUUGACAUUACCACACCAAGUGAGGUGAAACCUGGCGAAACUGUACCGCUGCACAUUAAGACUGCGCCACACUCGUUCGUCGGUCUGCUGGCUGUUGAUCAGAGCGUCUUGCUUCUUGCUGGAAAUAACGACAUCUCGGAAAGUGAAUUUAGAUGGCGCGUCAGUAGUUAUGACACUAGCACGCCUUGGCAAGGUGGUUACUCGCACUACCCCGGUGAAUCUACGGGUGUGGUGACUCUCACUUCCGCAGAUUAUUUCUACAAUUGGACCAAACCAGUUCGUUCAUAUCCCACACCCUUCAGUGCUCGUGGUGAUAUAGUAAAAAGCUUCAACAAAGUUCAUGACUCUCCUUUAACUACCACGGCUCCAGAGGCUGGCUUCGCUGGUGCUGGAGGCGCUGUUCAAUAUGAUUCUCCCGAGUCACCACCAGCGCAACAACCAGUAGUUCGAAAAGAUUUUCGUGAAACUUGGCUGUUCAAGGAUAUUGAAGACACUCAAGCAGAAGAGUUCGAUUGGUCCGAUAAAAUACCAGAAACUAUUACAUCAUGGGUGCUUACCGCUUUUGCCGUAAGUCCCGAGAAAGGACUUGCAGUUAUGAAGGACUCCAAAAACAUAAAAACAUUCCAGCCAUUCUUCUUAUCGCCGCGCCUCCCUUACUCCGUAAAACGAGGCGAGGUUGUCAACACACAGCUCUUGAUUUUCAACUAUUUGGAUAAGGCUUUAGACGUUGCUGUCACACUUGAUAACACCGACGGCGAAUACGAGUUCACCGAUGUCUCCAAUGAGGUUAUCAACGAAGCGAGCCGUGUGAAGAAUGUACGCGUAGCCGCGCAAUCUUCAGCUGGUGUUUCCUUCAUGAUACGUCCCAAAGUCAUUGGCAAUAUAUUAUUAAAAUAUACCGCCGUCUCGCCGAUAGCCGGCGAUGCCAUACAUAAAGCGCUAAAAGUUGUGCCUGAAGGUGUAACCGAGUAUGCAAAUCGUGCGUAUUUCGUCAAUCUUAAAGAUACGCCCGAGUUCAAGCAGUCUUUCGAACUGGAACUACCACAAGAUCUGGUGCCCGACUCCGAACAUAUAGAAGUCUCUGCUGUAGGCGAUAUUUUGGGACCACUAUUGAAUAAUAUGGAUCACUUGGUGCGCUUACCAACCGGUUGCGCGGAGCAGACUACGUCGUCAUUUGUGCCCAACUUCGUGGUUUUGGAAUAUUUAAAUCAAACGAACAAACUGACGCCAGCUUUAGAAUCACAAAUCCAAAGUAACCUCCUCUCUGGUUACCAACACAUUCUGAACUUCCGUUUAGAUGAUGGCUCGUUCAGAUCUUUCGUCGGUUAUCGUAACACAGAGUAUCCCGUCAAUGGCUCCACGUGGUUAACGGCAUACAUUGUGCGCUCGCUUAAUCAAGCUAAAGAACACAUAAAUGUUGACGAAAAUGUGCUGAAAGAAGGAUUGAAGUACUUAGUUAGCAAGCAAGCCGACAAUGGAAGUUUCCUAGAGAGCAACGAUUUCUUCUUCGGUUCCUACAGAAGACCUUUGACACUUACAGCUAGCGUAUUACUCACACUAGUAGAAGCUGGGGAACUCGCUAAACCUUAUGAAGCGGAAAUCGAGAAGGGUUUCAAAUACAUUUUGGAGAAUGCCGAUAAGGAACAGGAUCUCCAUGUUAAGGCUAUCACCACAUAUGCGCUAAAUAAGAUCGGUAGCCCCGCCGCAGCACCGCAACUCGAAGAACUGAAAUCACUUGCGAAGACUGAGGAUGAUCGUAAAUGGUGGACCAACAAAAAGGAAAAACCAAGCAAGCUAUGGUGGCGUUGGGCUUUCAGCAACGAUGUAGAAAUCACGUCUUAUGUCUUACUCACGCUGUUCGAAGCUGGCAAAACGACGGUGGAUGAAGUUUUACCGAUAAUACGUUGGUUGGUUGCGCAGCGCAACAGCUAUGGUGGCUUCUCCUCCACACAAGAUACGGUACUGGGGCUCCGUGCUUUGAUCAAGUUCGCCGACUUCGCGGACUAUGAAGCAGCCAAUAUGGAUUUGGAUGUGAGCAGCAAGGGCGAUAGGGAAAAGCGGGAGACUAUUCACUUAACACAAGAAAACGGUUUGCUGACCCAAAGUGUUGAGCUGCCACAAAAGACACUCUCCGUGGAUUUGAGCGCCAAGGGCACCGGUGCCGCUCUGGUACAAGUCGCUUACCAAUAUAAUGUGUUCGAAAAGGAGAAACUCCCGGCUUUCAAGAUCGACACAGUCAUCAACAAAGAAGCGCCUGUUUUCAAGUUGGACAUGGAUGUCUGUGUUCAAUAUAUUGGCGAUGGAGACGCUUCAAAUAUGGCGCUAUUGGAGGUAUCACUGCCCUCCGGUUUUGUUGCAGAUGAAGAGAGCUUUAGCCAAAUUGAGGCCGUCAACCGUGUCAGGCAAGUAGAGAGCAAACAAGAGGGCACUUUGGUUGUGGUAUACUUCGAGAGCCUGGCUAAAAAUGAGGCAUCUUGUGUGCCGAUUGCGGCGCUGAAACAAUAUGCUGUCGCGAACCAAAAACGAAGUCCACUAGUUGUAUAUGACUACUACGACACAGCGCAAAAAGUCACUGAGUACUAUAUACUGUCUUCGAAGCUUUGUGAUAUUUGCGAGGAUGAUGAGGAGUGCAAGAAAAUGUGCGCCACAACAGCCUUCACCGCUAACACCGUCGCCGAAAUGCAAGGAGCGGCGCUUUUGCUAUUAGCCAUCUUGAAAAUCGCCUGGACGGCAAAUGCAACUGGCCACUACACAGUUGUCGCACCGGGCACCAUACAUACGAACGGUAAAUACAAUGUUGCUGUCGCUCUGCAUCAAGCCACCGAACCGGCCACAGUGAGUAUCAGUCUCCUGGGUCCACAAUAUAACGAUACCAAAACCGUUGAGCUGCAACCGUACGAAGUGCAGAAUAUCGGCUUCCGCGUGCCGGUACUGCGUGAUGGCGACUACAAUAUCACCGCGGAGGGCUUGAGCGGUCUGAUCUUCAAGAACUCGACCAAGCUCAACCACAAUGUCUUUCAGACACAUUUGAAGAUACAAACCGAUAAAGGCAAGUAUAAACCAGGCGAUGUCGUCAACUUCCGCGUGCUUUUUUUGGAUGAAAAUCUUAAACCAAGUGGUCCUUCAGCGAGUAGUGUUAUUUGGUUUGAGGAUGGCAAGCGCAACCGCAUUAAGGAAUAUAAGAACUUUACUGUCAGCAAAGGCGUCUACACGGGCAAAUUUCAGAUUUCUGAGUUUCCCGUACAGGGUAGGUGGCGCUUGGCGGUAGAUAACGGUGGUUGGCGUAGAGCCAUUGUCAGCUUCGAUGUGCAGAAAUAUGUUUUACCCAAAUAUAAGGUUAGCGUUGAUGCCACUUCGAAAGUGUCGGUGAAGGAUGGUGAUAUGCAGGUGGUCGUCAGAGCCAACUAUACCUAUGGCAAACCGGUUAAUGGAAAGGUCACAUUGAUUAUGAAGCUACAGUCAUUUUACUAUUCCCACAAAAACAAUGAAAACUCAACAGAUCCACCACAGCAAAUAAUAAAGACGACGGAUAUGGUGAGUGGUAAAGCGAAGUUCGAUCUCAAUGUGAGCCAAUACAAAGACAGCUUCCUCAGCUUCAGAACCACACCGCUUGACAUUACAGCGACGGUGGAGGAGAAUUUCACCGGUGUCAAAAUUAACGGCACCACAGGAACAACACUCUACCGAGACCGUUACUUUAUAAGCUGUCAGGUUUUUAAGAAUUGCAACUGGUUCACAGCCGACGAGGAAGCGGAAAUGACAUUCCGUGUCGUGAGCUACGAUGAUGAAUUGUUAAGGGAUAUCAAUACGCCCGUGCGCUUACGUUUCACCGAAUCACUGAAUAAAAACUACUAUAAGGAUGAAAAUAAAACGGAACCCAAAAUUGAAAACCAAGUUUUGGAGUUUGAGGGCGUUUUGGAUGUCAACAGCACAGCGGUGUUUAAGGUUAAGUUGCCAGCUCUGGCAAAGUUUGAUGGCUACACCCAUUUCUAUAAAAUAAAAGCAUUCUACAAGGAUGAGGAGCAUGACGUGACGAACAUCUAUCAAAAGGAGCCGCCAAAAGUCACAGACGUGGUAAAGACAGAUGCGCCUACGACGCCGAAAUCUUUCUUUAAGGCACAGUUGGAGUAUCCAAAGGGACGUUAUACUUUUAACGCGGAUGAGGAAAUUAUACUGACUUUGAACUCCAGUGCGCCCCUAACAUAUUUCGACUACAACAUCGUGGGUCGUGGCAAUAUUUUGGUCAGCGAACGCGUUUUUGUGCCUAAUAAGUCCAAGAGCUUUGAUUUAACACUGACGCCUAAUUUCAUGUGGAUGCCGUAUGCCCGAUUUUACGCCUACUUUAUUGAUGAACUGGGUGAAUUUCACUAUGCCGAGACGAGUUUCCAAAUUAAGACGGAAAUGCAAAAUGAGUUGGAGAUUACUGCCCCAGCUGAAGUAAAACCCGGCGCAGAUGUCGCUCUACGCAUCAAAACCACUCCACAUUCCUUUGUUGGUCUGCUCGCUGUUGAUCAAAGCGUUCUCCUUUUGGGUCGCAACAAUGAUAUUUCCAAAAAUGAUUUUAACUGGCGUCUAAGCUCCUAUACAACGUAUACACCUUGGCAGGGUGGUUACUCGCGCUACCCGGGUGGACAAAGUGGUGUCGUAACAAUGACUAAUGGCAACUAUUUCUACAACUACACAGCGCCACAUACGUCACCAGUUGACAACCGCUUCGAAGACCUAACUGCUCUACGCGUACCGGAGGGUGCUGUACCUCUCCUGGCAGUGCAGGCCUCGGGAGCAACGGCAGCAGUAGCCAGCCAGGAAGUUGCGGUACGCAGAGAUUUUGCGGAAACGUGGAUUUUCACUGAUAUUGAGGACACACAAACGGCGGAAUUUAAUUGGACUCAAAAAAUCCCAGAUACUAUCACUUCUUGGGUGGUCUCAGGUUUCGCACUACAUCCAGAAAAAGGACUUGGCGUUACAACGCACAACACUGAUAUUGUCACAUUUCAGCCGUUUUUUAUAUCAGUGAGGUUGCCAUAUUCGGUGAAGAGAGGCGAGAUCAUCAAUGUGCCGGCUUUAGUCUUCAACUAUCUGGAUAAAGCAUUGGAUGUCGAAAUCACACUCGACAAUACCGAUGGCGAAUAUGAGUUCACCGAAAUCUCCAACGAGAUUUCCAGCGAAGUGAAAAGAGCAAAACUUGUACACAUACCCGCACAGUCCUCAGCUGGAGUCGCAUUUAUGCUACGUCCCAAAAUCAUAGGCAACAUAAUGUUGAAGUACACUGCUGUUUCAGCUCUCGCUGGUGAUGCUAUACACAAGACACUAAAAGUAGUACCCGAAGGCGUAACGGAGUAUGCGAAUCGUGCGUUCUUUGUGAAUCUCAAGCAAGCGCCUGAGCAGCGACAAAGCUUCGAUUUAGUGUUGCCACCUGAUGUAGUGCCGAACUCGGAACACAUUGAAGUCUCUGUGAUCGGUGAUUUACUGGGACCGCUUUUGAAUAAUCUCGAGCAUUUAUUGCGCAUGCCAACCGGCUGUGCCGAGCAGACCAUGUCGACAUUGAUACCCAAUUAUUUGGUUCUGAAAUACCUUAAGAACAUCAACAAGCUUACGCCAGCUUUGGAAGCGAAGAUACUGCAAAACUUGGAAACGGGUUACCAACGUAUGCUCGGCUUUCGCUUGAAUGAUGGUUCCUUUGUUACAUUCCGCGCUAAGGAUAGAAAUGAGAACGGAUCCGUCUGGCUUACCGCAUAUGUGGCGCGUUCGCUACAUCAGCUGCAAGAGUUUAUAAAAGUAGACGAUGCGAUACUCAAGAAGAGCAUGCAAUAUCUCAUCAAGACACAAGCAGAAAACGGCAGUUUUGUGGACACAAACAACGUACGCUUCGGUGCAGAACGUCAGCAGGGAGUGGCACUGACAGCACAUGUCUUACUGACUCUCAUAGAAAACAAGCAACUCACUAAGGACUAUCAAGCCAAUGUGAACAAAGGCUUCGAUUUUAUUUUGGCAAACACCGAGAAAUCUACCAGUAUAUUCGCUAAGGCGUUAACCGCGUACGCCUUACAAUUAGCUAAGCAUGCUUCAGCAAGUAAGCAACUUGAAAUACUUAAGUCAGCUGCGAAGACCGCUGAGGAUCGCAUGUGGUGGUCGGCUUCGGAACACCGUUCGCAGCAAUGGUGGCGCUGGAUACCUAAUGGAGACGUGGAGGUCACUUCGUAUGCCCUGCUUACGCUUUUAGAUGGGGACCUUGUCGAUAUUGAAGAUUUAUUAUCGAUUGUGAAAUGGUUGGUGGCCCAACGAAACAGCUAUGGUGGCUUCAUAUCCACUCAAGACACCGUUGUCGGCCUACAAGCUUUAAUUGGCUUCGCCGAAAAAGCGCAGUAUGAACCUGGUGUAAUGGAAGUUCAAGUGCUGGCUAAAGGCGGUAUUGAACGCUCGGAGAGUAUAAAAGUAGACGAGAACAAUGGGCUGCUCCUACAAACAGUGGAGCUUCCACAAAAAACGCUCUCAGUGGACUUCAUUGCGAAGGGCAAAGGUGCUGCUUUAGUGCAAAUCGCCUAUCAGUAUAAUGUGCUCGAGAAGGAUCCCCAACCAAGUUUUGAAAUCAAAACCAUAAUUAAUAAGAACACGCCAGUCUUAAAAUUGGAAAUGGAUGCCUGUGUUGAAUAUAAGGGUGAAGGGGAUGGCUCAAAUAUGGCGAUUUUAGAAGUGACACUACCCUCGGGUUAUGUGGCCGAUACGGAUGCUUUCGAACUCAUUGAGGGCGUGCCACGAGUCAGGCAAGUGGAAACCCAAAAGUCGGACACUUUGAUUGCCAUCUACUUCGAAAGUCUGCCGAAGGGCGAAAUUCAAUGUGUGCCCAUCGAAGCACUGCGCCAGUUUGCUGUUGCUCGUCAGAAACCCGCUUCAAUUGUGCUCUACGAUUAUUAUGAUACUUUGAAACGUGCAACGGUAUACUACGAAGUCGCCUCGAAGUUGUGCGACAUAUGUGAGGACGAUGAGGAAUGCAAGAAAGCAUGUCAGUGA